ACGAUUCUAGAACCAGUAACUAACAAUACACCUAUUGAUAAAGACAACGAGUUUCCAAUUGCUUUUAAUACUCUUAUCGAAAAUUUGUACUUGAGUGUAAUAUAGAGAAGGCUUAAUAUAAAAUUUUAAUUUCCUAUCUAACGUCGCUUCGUCAGUAAACAAUAUAUAUUCACUUUUUCCAAAUCAUUAUCAAUAUUAAUCUUUAAACAUUUUUACUAAUUUUAUCUUUGCUAACUCAUACUUGUCAAAUACAUAAUUUCCAUUGAAAUUCUAUUAUUGUCAUUUAAAUUAUAUUGUAUUCAAUACAGAAGAAGUCAAGUUUAAUAUAUCAAGAGAAUGUAACAAGUUAUUGUGAAUUAUAAAAAAAUAUUCAUUUUAUAAAUUAAUAUUGAAUAAUAAAAAUAAAAAUGUAUUAAUUGAACAAAGAAAGUUAACAAAUAAUAAUUGUUAAUCAAAAAAUAUAAUUUAGAUUACAAAUAUUUAUGUAAAAAAAAAAUCAAUUAAAAAUGAUUGAAAAUGAAAAUAAUGAUAACAAUAUUUUAACUUCAUAUAAUGAUGUAAAAAUAAUGGAACGAAAUAAUAUUAAAAGUGAAGUUGAUAAAAAUUUAAUGAAAGUUAAAGUUUAUAAUGAAAGAUGGUUUAUAUUAUUCAUCUUUUCAUUAAGUGCUGCAGUGAAUUAUCUCUCAUAUGCGCAAUAUUCAAUUAUAACAAACAUCAUAACAAGGUAUUAUGGGGUAUCAACAACGGCUGUUGAAUGGACAAUGAUGAUUUAUUUGCUUCUUUAUAUACCAUUAGUAAUACCGGCGACAAAUUUAUUUGAAAAAAUAGGAAUAAGAUGGUCUUUGAUAUUAAGUUUUUGUUGUGUAACUAUUGGUGUAUGGAUUAAAGCAUUCUCAGUAGCACCUAAUAGAUUUUAUAUAGCAUUUAUUGGACAAUUUGUUAGCGCAAUUACAUUGGUAUUUUUUGUAUCUUCACCAACUCGUCUUGCUGCAAAUUGGUUUCCAUCUGAGCAAAUAUCAACGGCAAUAUCAUUGGCAAUUUUUGGUGCUUUAUUAGGCAUUGCCAUAGGUUUUUAUAUUCCUCCAAUAGUUAUAAAAAAUCAUGAAAAUUUAGACAAAAUUGGUGAAGAAAUUCAAUUAUUAAAUUAUAUUUAUGCUGGCAUUACAACAGUAAUGGCUAUAAUUAUAAUUAUAUUUUUCAAAGAAGAGCCAAAGCAACCUCCAAGUGCUGCACAAGCACUUUUAAAGGUCAAUCGAAUUGAAAACAAGGAGGGUUUUAUUGAACCAUUGAAAAGACUUUGCAAGAACAAGUAUUUUCUUCUUUUGUUCAAUUCUCAUGGUUUGAAUGUUGGUGUUUAUAAUGCCACUGCUACUAUGCUUAAUCCAUUGUACACAACACACUUUCCGAAUGGUGAAGAAGAAGCAGGACAAAUUGGUUUACUUAUAAUUCUCACUGGAAUGCUUGGAGCUGUCGUUUUUGGCAUUUUAGUUGAUAAAACGCGUAAAUACAAAGCAAUGGGCGUAACUGCUUAUUUCUUAAGUCUAUUGGCACAAAUUAUAUUCGCAAUUUCUCUAAGUGUUGAAGUAAAAUGGCUAAUUUAUGCAUCGUCAAUAUUUCUAGGAUUCAGUUUAUCGGGAUACUAUGCAUUGGGAUAUGAAUUAUGCGUGGAAUAUACAUAUCCCGAAUCAGAAUUCAUGACCGUUGGAAUUCUUAUUGUUGCAUCUGAUGUAUAUGGCAUUCUUUUGGUCACAAUUCUUUCUGAAUUAUGGACCUAUUAUGGAGAUAUUGCAGCACACAUUGGCUUUUGUUUUGUUCUUUUAAUUGGUUUUAUUAUCACAGUUUUUACAAAAGACGAACAACGUCGUGAAAAUGCGAGAAAAUCAACUUUAUAUACAACAGUACCAACAAGAGAAAAUGAUGCAAUAACAAAUCAGAGUACCUAAUAAAAGUAACAAAAUAAAAUUUAAUUUUGCAAAUUUUUCUCUCCACUCAAUUCUCAUCACCAUCUGUGUCAAGAAUGAGAGCUGUUCCAGAAUCGUUGAAACUACUAUAAAGGAGCAUUUACCACACACACACAAAGAGAAAAUAUAGAUGUGUUAUCUCACACACAAAUGGUAAAAGUUGUUCCUUGGAGAAAUCAAAAUCUCAUUCAAUCGGAUAACAUUUCGAUUUUACGAUAUCGAUUACUAUCGUAUAAUAAUAUAUAUGGUUAGGGAAUAAUUCAUGAAGAUAAUACAUAAUUAUCAGUUCAUUAUAAUUUUAAGAUAUUAUCGAUUAAA